UCCAAACUGAAGCAGUGCCCAGGCCCUACGCAGCAGGUGGCAUUCUGACCACAGCAGGGACUGUUCCUUUACCCAAGUCAGAGGACCUCCACCCGACAUCUAAAGGAUUUGGAGCCCAGCCGAUAACAGAAGGAGCAUGGAGCUGAGAGGUACAGCAGCCCCCAGAGCUGAGGGCUACAGCAACACAGCAUUCCAGAAUGAAGAAAGCGUUCUUGAAAACCAAAAUGCAUCAGGAAACGGCAACUCGAUCAGGAGCAGAGCUGUGCCAGGCAGGGAGCCUAUAAAUACCAAGCAGGGAGAAGAAGGGGUCACUAUUGAACAGGAUCCUCCAAGCAUCAGAGAAGACAUGGAGGAUGACCAAGAGACGCAUAAAAAAGGGUGUUUGGAAAAGAAGUAUGACCUCAUUUGUGACUUUUGUAAAAAACACAAAACCAUUCUUCGGUACAUCAUCUGGGGCAUUUUAAUAGCAGGUUAUCUGGCUAUGGUGAUUGCAGCCUGCGUGCUGAACUUUCACAGAGCCCUCCCGCUCUUUGUGAUCACUGUGGUUGUCAUCUUCUUUGUCAUCUGGGACCACUUGAUGGCCAAAUAUGAAUAUCGAAUUGAUGAGAUCCUGUCUCCUGGCAGAAGGCUUCUGAAUGGCCAUUGGUUCUGGCUAAAGUGGGUGAUUUGGAGCUUACUGAUUCUGGGAGUUAUUUUCUGGCUGAUCUUCGACACCGCCAGGUUGGGCCAACAGCAACUGAUAUCCUUCGGUGGGCUCAUAAUGUACAUAGUCCUGGCAUUCGUGUUUUCCAAGCACCCAACCAAAGUUUACUGGAGACCUGUCUUUUGGGGAAUUGGGUUACAGUUCCUUCUUGGGCUCUUAAUCCUAAGAACUAACCCUGGAUUUGUGGCUUUCGACUGGUUGGGCAGGCAAGUUCAGACUUUUCUGGCUUACACUGAUGCAGGGGCUGUAUUUGUCUUCGGUGAGAAAUACACGGACCACUUCUUUGCAUUUCAGGUUCUGCCCAUCGUGGUCUUCUUCAGCACCGUCAUGUCCAUGCUCUACUACCUGGGGCUGAUGCAGUGGAUCAUCAGGAAGGUCGGAUGGCUAAUGCUUAUUACUAUGGGAUCAUCUCCUAUCGAAUCUGUAGUUGCUGCUGGCAAUAUAUUUGUAGGACAAACAGAAUCUCCACUACUGGUUCGACCAUACUUACCUCACGUAACCAAGUCGGAACUCCAUGCCAUCAUGACAGCCGGGUUCUCUACAAUUGCUGGAAGCGUCCUAGGUGCAUACAUAUCUUUUGGGGUUUCAUCCUCCCACUUGCUCACAGCUUCAGUUAUGUCAGCCCCUGCAUCGUUGGCUGUUGCUAAACUCUUUUGGCCUGAGACAGAAAAACCUAAAAUAACCCUCAAAAAUGCCAUGGAAAUGGAAAAUGGAGAUUCAAGGAAUCUCCUAGAAGCUGCAACGCAGGGAGCGUCCUCCUCCAUCUCGCUGGUGGCAAACAUCGCUGUGAAUCUGAUUGCCUUCCUGGCCCUGUUGUCUUUUGUGAAUUCAGCCCUGUCCUGGUUUGGAAACAUGUUUGACUACCCACAACUGAGUUUUGAGCUAAUAUGCUCCUACAUCUUCAUGCCCUUUUCCUUCAUGAUGGGAGUAGACUGGCAAGACAGCUUUAUGGUUGCCAAACUCAUAGGGUAUAAGACAUUCUUCAAUGAAUUUGUGGCUUAUGAGCAGCUCUCGAAAUUUAUCAAUUUGAGGAAAGAAGCUGGACCCAAAUUUGUGAAUGGCGUGCAGCAAUAUAUGUCGAUUCGUUCUGAGACCAUUGCCACUUAUGCCCUUUGUGGUUUUGCCAAUUUCGGUUCCCUAGGAAUAGUGAUCGGCGGACUCACAUCCAUGGCUCCUUCCAGAAAGCGUGACAUCGCCUCAGGGGCACUGAGAGCUCUGAUCGCUGGGACCAUGGCCUGCUUCAUGACAGCCUGCAUCGCAGGCAUUCUUUCCAGCACUCCUGCGGAUAUCAACUGCCAUCACAUUUUAGAGAACGCCUUCAACUCCAGUUUAUUGAAAAACACAACUGAAGUGGUAUCUUGUUGCCAAAGUCUAUUGAACAGCACUAUUGCCACUGGUCCCGGUGCGGUCAUCCCAGGAGGAAACCACAGCAUGUCUUCUUUGAAAGGCUGCUGUGGAUUGUUGAAACCAUCCACAUUUAAUUGCAGCUGGAUCCCUAACACAUUUUGAAUUCAACCACUUUACCAGUGGAACUCUGAAUAAGGAUACUGAAUUUUCUGCUUUGGAAAGGAAAACAAAAAACAAGGAAGAAAUUAUUGUUUACAGAUUAAUACUUUCAUCUUGGAAUCACCUUUAAUUGCAAGGAGAGAAGAAAAACGGGAGUCAAGUCUUCAGAGCUACAGCAUCUUCCUCAUCCCUUUCCCUCUCCAGCCCGCCUCUUUCCUAUUGAGAACUCCCAAGUGGGUAUCAAUCUCAAUCCCAAAGAUGUUUCCUGACCUUCCAUUUUUUAGGGCAUUUCAUCAGAAUACAGAUAUAAAUGGUGGCUCCCAUCAACUGGGGUAUGACUCAGUCACGCAUACUUCGUGUGCUGAAUGAGUUUCUAAGUAGUUCAGAAUAACUUCGUUUAAAUGCGCCUUAUAUGAAGUCACUCUGCAGUCACUGUAGCUUACCCAAAAUAGUCUGAACUUGAAUCUCAUAUGGAGGAAGACUACUUAUCAGCCAUCUACUCAUUUGCUACCCUCAAGAAGUCCUGAAGAAUUCAAGAGUCUUUUGGGAAAGCAAAUAGACUAUAUCACAACCAGAAUUUCAACCUCUUGCACGUUGAGAGUUUUAUUAAUCAGCUUACACUAAAUUGUGCUGCAGUGACAAAUAACAACUCAAUGACUUGCAAUUUUUUUCACUCACAUUACAUGUUAUAAUGGUUGAUUUUGACUGUAAUUUGUGUUGUCUUUAUUUCCAGGAUCCAGGCUAAAGGAGCAUCCCCCAUAUGGGGCAAGUUGCUCCUAAGACAAGGUAGGAGAUAACAUGAUGAUGGUUCUUAAAAAUUCUGCCAGGAAGUGAUGCCCUUUACUCGCUCUAGCCAAAGCAAGUCCUUUGAUAUGCAUGUUAUCGGUGACCAUAGAUGAAUUAUUGCCAUAGGGAGGGAUAGUGAAUACUGUGUAUGCCACGAAGGUACGUGAUAUUCAUGUCUUCCUUCAAAGAGUCAGCCUAUUGUAAGGCAUAAUUGUAGGCCUAUUGAUGUGCCGACUUGGUUAUAGUCCCUUGUGACAAGACUAGAAAACAGCUACUCUUUAGUCAAAAAGCCAUGUAAAGACCAGCUGAGGGAGAAAAACCAAGUCCUGUUGAGACCUGAAGACCUUUUUUUUUUUUAGAGGUUUUCGCUAUAGAGCGCAUGCGCUCACCAGACAGACAGA